AUGCCCAUCUCCACCGCCGACCUUUCCUCCACCGCCGAACUCCCCUCCCCCACCACCACCCCUAUCCUCACCCCCGAGACAGCCUAUCUCGACAUCAUCGGCGCUGCGCUCCACAACGGCUGCGACGACCGCGUCCUCUACACCAUCAGCUGUAUCUCCAGCACGAUAGAGCUCAUGCACGACCUAGACGCCCACCAACUAUCCCACUGCGCGCAAGUCUUCAACGAAUCCCUCCGGGACACCACCAACUCCUCCGUCCAGGCGCGAACAUUCUCCCAGAUCGAAGCAGGCGCCACCUUCGCCGCCAGUGAGGUCCCGCACGUCUCGAUCCUCACCACCAUCGCCUUUCGCCAAGCGGCACGCAUAUACGCGCUCGGCGAAUGGCCCCGGCGAAGCGGGGCAGCUAUGGAUGUAUCUCGUUGGUGGAGCGCGAGCAUGCCCGCCAAUGCAUUUCGGGUGUUUUUGCCGGCGCGGAUGGAGCGCGAGAGGGAUAGGAGAUUUAGGGCUGUGGUGAUUAAGAUGAUGGAGGCGUGGGGGAAGGAUGAUGAUACAAGGGAGGGCAUGGGGGAAUGGACGCGUGCGGUGUAG